GACUAAAUUUAACGAAUAUAGGAAAGGCAUGCAAGUUCAAAACCACAAACCAUUAACAUGUGCUACUCCUUAAAACUGGAACAAACUUUGUGUGUGCUUCUGCUGUCUUAACAAAGCCAAGGUUAGCCGACCUUGCAGUCGCCACAAUAGCUACGUUUACAUGGUGGCCAAUGUUCAAUACCAACCAGUUUACUUAAAUAACAUUGUACUAGAUUAAGUGUGUUUUGUUUGCAUUUAUGUUGCAACCUAAGGAAAUUAGUGUUUGUAACUGAUGUGUGGGUCAAUUUGUGUCCAAUUUUUUUUUUUUUUGUCUUUCAGAGAAAGCAUCCGCACCAUGUUCAGAAAUACAUUGAACUGACCACAGCAAAGCGCAAAAGGGCCAGUGGACCACCCACCCCCGCCAGCAAGCAGACCACAUUGACUCACACCUUGGCCAUGACUCCUCAGAAGAGUGUUGAGAAGGCCAUUGUCAAAUAUAUUGUACAUGGGCUGCGGCCCUUCUCGGUAGUCGAGCAGGAGCCAUUCAGAGAAUUCAUCAAGGACCUUGUCCCUAAUGCCAAGAUGCUGUCACGGGUGACGCUCGCAUCCAAGAUCGAAGAUGGCUUUAACAAAAUGAAGGCUGUGCUGAUUGAAGCAAUGAAGGGGGUCGACUACGUAGCUACUACUACUGAUUGCUGGUCAGUGAGAAGGCGAGGGUUCAUUGGCGUUACGGCACACUGGAUCGACCCGGAUAAUCUUGAGAGAUGUUCAGCAGCCUUGGCAUGCCGACAGCUGAGAGGAUCCCACACUUUUGAUCUCUUGGCCAAUGCGUUGAAUGACAUCCACGCAGAAUUUGAAAUCAGAGGCAAGAUUGUGAGGACAACCACUGACAAUGGUGCAAACUUUGUGAAGGCUUUUCGAGUGUUUGGGGAGGACGAAAACAACAGUGAAGAGGGAGUUGAAGCUGAAGCGCAGUCUGAAGAUGAAGGAGAUACUGGGGUGCCUGAGGAAGAUGUGGAGUACAUUGACACUGCAGCUCUGCUGCAUGAAGAUGAUGGGUUUGAAUUCCAGCUGCCAAGACACCAACGCUGUGCUUGUCAUAUUCUAAACCUCAUUGCCAGUGAAGACUCCACAAAUGCAAACUCCAGUGAUGCGUACAAGAAGCUGCACCAUGCAACGUUUGCUAAGUGUUAUGGCCUGUGGAACAAAUGUGGAAGAUCCACACUUGCUGCAGAGAUGGUUGAGGAUGUCUGUUCUCUUCAACUUUUAAGGCCAAAUAAAACAAGGUGGAACUCGUUGUUCAUGGCCGUGGAACGUCUACUCAGGAUUUGUAAAGAGAAGGGAGAGGGAACCUUAAGAGCUAUUGCCACCGACCUGAAGGUCCCAAUGUUCAACCCAGCCGAACUCGCAUUUCUCACGGAGUAUGCUGCUGUAAUGAGCCCUGUCGCCCAGGCAACCAACAUACUGCAAGCAGAAACCAACACACAAAUGGGUUGGCUACUUCCGACAAUUCACCUGCUGCAGAUUAAGCUCGACAAAGUCAAGUUGCAGCUGAAGUACUGCAGGCCUCUUGUUGAUUCAGUCUGGAAUUCAGAACCGAUUCUUGCACAUGUUCAAGGAUGCCGAGCUGGUUGCAGCUGCAAUUCUUCUUCCCAAAUUCCGAACAACAUGGACGAAGGACGAUGCCACCAUUAAAAUGGGUAAGCUUAUACAUUAAUGAGUACACGAAUCUGCUUCAGUAGUGAUGGUACAUGUCGACAUGCAUGUUGACUGCAUUCAUGCGGCUCAAAACCAUGUCAGUCCCACUACCAUGCGUUACUGUGAGCAUGGGACACUUUUCUUUUUACUAACUUCACCAACGCAUACUUGACGCAUCUAAAACAAAUUUGUUUAUCUUGGUGUUAUCAGACCACAUGACAUGCUUCCAGCAAUCCAUAGUCUUUCUGUCUCUGAGACCAUGAUAAACACAUUUGCUUUAGAUGGUGUCAAGCAUGUGAUGGUGACCAAAUGAGAAAUGCAAAGAAGUGUCUCAUGCUUAGUCAAGAAUGAUGGUGGGACUGACUUGGUUUGGGAUUGCAUGAAUGCCGUCAACACAUUGGGAAGCAUUCAUGCAUCAAUAGAUUUGCUUGUUAGUUGGUACACGAAAUAAUUAAUGUAGGCAAGAAAAAAAAUCAAAUGCUUUAUGUCACUACUUUAGACUAUGGCCACUACAUGGCAGAAAGCUGCAUUGUUUAAGUGCUAUAACUCUUCUAUAUUUCUG